AUGUUCAUUUUUAUUGGUGUUCCCUCUGCCAAAAUGCGCUUGAUUACAGAGGUUUGUCCUGUGAUCAUUGCGCACUCCAGACAGGGGAAGGUGCAUCGGCGAAGGUUCAGCUCAGGCCAGAUCAAAUCCCGGGCUGUUUAACGCUGAAAGGCUGCAUGUUGCUAUUAGUGUUAAAUAUAUGGCUAAUUAUGCGUAUGAAAAUUAAACAUCAGUGUUAUGCUAAUGGGGCGCCUUCAGCUGCGGAUCCGAGCACUUGAGACUACCAUUUAAUCAAAUGAAUCAGUAACUAAUACAUCUGCACGUGUGAACUUUCACAAGAUCAUUUCCCCGUUCCCAUCACACCGCUAAAUUAUGAAAGAAAUAAUUAUCAACACUUUCUAAUUACCUAACAAAGUAAUUUGGGAUUCACCGUGGGGUUGGUGGGAUGGGGAAACCAACAGCCCUUCGCAGCCAGCGUGGUGCGCGCCACGCCUCGCGGGGGUGACUGUGGGGUGCUAGUGGCGCGGCGUGUGUGUGGCGGGGGGAGUUGAGGCCCUUUUGUGCGCUUUUUUUUUUUUUGGUAUCUAGAGUCCCAGAAGAUAGAAGACGCGGUGGCAUCUUUUGCCAGCCCAGCCCACAGGCCCAGGGGUGCCCGCUAUGACCACUAGAGAGGAGGUGGGUCCUGGGGCGGCCACGAGCGGCCUGUCCACAGGCAGAUAAGGAGAGCCCACCACUAGCUUGCUUCGGGCACGGGUCCCGUGUCCCCUCCAAGACGCCUAAACCCCAGGUGCUUUUGCCAGACAUCGAGAGGCCGGAAAAAGACCCCCCUGGAGUCUGUCUUUCGCGCCCGAGGAACUGAGCCGGCCGGCUUCGAGGCUCCCCUCCACGCAGCGCCCUCGGGGCGAGUGAACCCCGGACGCUCCGCGCAGAGGGAGUGGAGAGGGAGGGGGAGGCGGAGGCAGCUCGCGAGCGAAAGAGGGGGUGUGUGCUGGGGGGAGGGGGCGGUGCGGCCGCCUUUCCUGGGAGGAGAAGCGCGGGUUCCUGGCUCUGGGCGCGCUGUGCUUUCAUCAGACCGGUGUAGACUCGAGCUGGAGUGGCCGGCUGGGCCUGGAGCAAUGCGAGCUGGCCCCAGGGAGCGGCGGCGGCGGCGCGGCGGCCGAGUGAAAGAGCCCCGGCCGGGAAGUGUGGACGCGUCUCUCCCGAGGCCCGGCCGCCUCGCCCGCUCUAGUCCAGAGGAGCCGGAGCGCUUCGGACCAAUCCCCGGAGAUUAUGCAAGGCAGCGGACCAAUCAGCUCCACCAGCUCAUGAAUAUUUAUGACCUUGGCUGAGUCAAAGCUUUGAAGCGAGUUUGGGGAGCUCGGCAGCAUCAUGCUUAGACUUUUCAAAGAGACAAACUCCAUUUUCUUAUGAAUGGAAAGUGAAAACCCCUGUUCCGCUUAAAUUGGGUUCCUUCCCGUCCUGAGAAACACAGAGACCCCCAAAAGGGAAGCAGAGGAGAGAGACACCCACACCCAGACCCCGCGAGAAGAGAUGACCAUGACCACCAUGCCAGAAAGUCUCAACAGCCCCGUAUCGGGCAAGGCGGUGUUUAUGGAGUUUGGGCCGCCCAACCAGCAAAUGUCUCCUUCUCCCAUGUCCCACGGGCAUUACUCCAUGCACUGUUUACACUCGGCGGGCCAUUCUCAGCCCGACGGUGCCUACAGCUCGGCCUCGUCCUUCUCCCGACCGCUGGGCUACCCUUACGUCAACUCGGUCAGCAGCCACGCGUCCAGCCCCUACAUCAGUUCGGUGCAGUCCUACCCCGGCAGCGCCAGCCUCGCCCAGAGCCGCCUGGAGGAUCCAGGGGCUGACUCUGAGAAGAGCACGGUGGUGGAAGGCGGUGAAGUGCGCUUCAAUGGCAAAGGGAAAAAGAUCCGAAAACCCAGGACGAUUUAUUCCAGUUUGCAGUUGCAGGCUUUGAACCGGAGGUUUCAGCAAACUCAGUACCUAGCUCUGCCCGAGAGGGCGGAGCUCGCGGCCUCCUUGGGACUCACGCAGACGCAGGUCAAGAUUUGGUUCCAGAACAAGCGCUCCAAGUUCAAGAAGCUGAUGAAGCAGGGCGGGGCGGCUCUGGAGGGUAGUGCCCUGGCCAACGGCCGGGCUCUGUCAGCCGGCUCCCCGCCGGUGCCACCCGGCUGGAACCCCAACUCUUCCUCUGGAAAGGGAUCCGGAGGUAGUGCGGGAUCCUAUAUCCCCAGCUACACAUCGUGGUACCCCUCAGCGCACCAAGAAGCUAUGCAGCAGCCCCAGCUCAUGUGAGGUUGCCCGCCCGCACCCACCCGCCUCCUUCCCGUCUCCCCCAACCCGGGCCCCGUCAGCCUCCAGGUUCCAAGUCCAUCCAACCCCGUCUGUGCGCCCUGAGCCGGACCAGGAGGGCCCAGAGGGAGAGAAGAAGGAACAGUG